AUAGCUCCGGGCGCUCGCUUGACAAGAUGGCGGCGGCAGGGCAGCGAGGGCCGCGUCUUGGCGCCUGGGGGCCUCCCGGCUUCUAAGACGCGCGCGGUUCUGUGGUGCGGGCCCCGCGCGAGGCCCAGGCAUGGGCUUGCCGCCGGCGGCCCCUCUGCUCUUGGGGCUCCUCCUUCUGCAGGGCGUCCUGAGGCCGCUGUGGGGGGACCUGGUUUUCAUCCCUCCUGUCAUCCGCAUGUCCGGCCCUGCGGUCAGCGCGUCCCUGGUCGGAGGCACCGAGGAUGUGACCGUGUCCCUGGCCCUGCUGCAGGACGCAGAGGGGUUAUUGCCAGUUCCUUCUUGUGGAGUGCUGAACAAUGAGACGGGAGACUGGAGUUUGACGGUGACCCCCAGUGGGAAUUCAUUGGAAGUGACGGUGAGGUUGAAGAGGAGUCUGCAAUGGUGUUCCUCCAAUGAGACAGAUUCCUUCUCAGAGUCCCCAUGUAUUGUCCAAACUCUUCUGAUUUCAGCAUCUCACAAUUCAUCCUGUUUAGCACAUCUACUCAUUCAAGUGGAAAUUUAUGCCAACUCUUCUAUGGCCCAUAAUGCAUCAGAGAACAUGACUGUUAUUCCUAACCAGGUGUAUCAGCCCCUUGGUCUUUGUCCUUGUAAUUUAACAGCUGGGGCCUGUGAUGUUCGCUGCUGCUGUGACCAGGAAUGCUCAUCCAAUUUAACGGAACUGUUCAGAGAGUCCUGUUUCACCGGCGUUUUUGGAGGAGACGUUAAUCCUCUUUUUGAUCAGCUCUGCUCCGCUCAUAUGGCACACCGAGUCCCGGACUGGUUUCCAUUCCUGUGCGUGCAGUCCUCCCUUGCCAACUCGCCCUUCCUUGGUUACUUCUACCACGGCUCUGUUUCCUCUAGACAAUACACUUCCUUUGAAGUGUAUUUGCAUACUGAUUUAAAAGAUGUUUCAGACUUUGGUUACAAACAAGGAGAUCCAGUGAUGACUGUAGAUAAGGCAUAUUUUACUAUUCCACAGAUGUCCUUGGCUGGGCAGUGUAUGCAGAAUGCCCCAGUGGCAUUCCUUCAGAAUUUUGAUGUUCAAUGCAUUGCCAAUUUGGAAGUAUACCAAGAACAAGAUGAUGUUAUCAGUGUGAAGAUAAAAAGUGGUGCUGUAGGAGGCACUGUUACACCAAAAGUAAUCUAUGAGGAAGCAACUGACCUAGACAAAUUCAUCAGCAGUACAGAAACACUUUUAAGCAAUGGAUCAGCCCCCAGAAACGUGAAUGUGGAAGAACAUUAUAUUUUCAGAUGGAAUAAUAAUACAAUCAGUGAAAUAAAUGUCAAAAUUCUUAGGGCAAAAAUUAAUGCCCACCAGAAAGGAAUCAUGUCACAGAGAUUUACAGUAAAAUUUUUAAGCUAUAAUAGUGGUAAUGAAAAGGAAUCAUCUGGAAAUCCAGGUUACCAACUUGGCAAGCCUGUUCGAGCUCUGAAUACCAACAGGAUGAAUAAUGUUACGGCUUUACACCUUUGGCAAUCGGCUGGAAGGGGUUUGUGUACGUUGGCAACUUUCAAACCCAUUUUAUUUGGAGAAAAUGCAUUAUCUGGGUGCCUUUUAGAAGUUGGGAUUAAUGAAAACUGUACUCAGCUCAGGGAGAAUGCCGUUGAACUACUUGAUUCAUUAAUACAAGCAACUCAUGUUGCAAUGAGAGGCAACUCCGAUUACAACGAUCUUGGUGAUGGCUGGCUUGAAAUAAUACGUGCAGAUGCCCCUGACCCAGGUGCAGCCCCGUCCGUGAGCAGCGCCAACGGCACCUGCCCAGAUGUUCCUGCUCAGCUGGCUAUCCGCAUCCUCAUCUCAGAUGCUGGUGCAGUGGAAGGGAUUACUCAGCAGGAGAUACUUGGCGUAGAGACAAGGUUCUCCUCAGUGAACUGGCAGUUCCAGUGUGGGCUCACUUGUGAGGAGAAGGCCGACCUUUUCCCUAUCACUGCAUCAGUCCAGUUUAUUAAGAUCCCUGCUCAGUUACCCCGUCCACCGACAAGAUUCCAAAUCAAUUUUACAGAGUAUGACUGUAACAGAAAUGAAGUAUGUUGGCCGCAACUUCUCUACCCAGUGACCCAGUAUUACCAAGGGGAGCCUUAUUCUCAGUGUGUUGCCAAGGGCUUACUGUUGGUAUCCUUCUUCAUAUUAGCUGUGUUCCUCAGUGACCCCUGGACCAGAGUAUGCACAGCUUGGAAUUAACUACCAUCUGACUUCUUACAGAUCAUAGACUUUUACUUCAGUAGUUUGUUGUACUCUUACAUACCUAUCUGUAAAAUUUUAAUAAAUGAAAUGUUUUAUUUUUGUAGAAAAUUUUUAUUAAGUGCUCUGCAAAUUUAAUUCACAUAUGUAGCUAUCCAUAUGUGCAAAGCAAUGCGGAUUGGGCAUUCUCAUUGCUGGACCAGAUUCAGCAAAAUGCACGAGAGGGUCAACUGUGUAAAUAAAUGUUGUUAGAAGCCUUAGUUGAU